AUGACAAACAACAGCCAGCCUCCUCUUCCUGUCCCGCAGGUACCCAUCAGGGAAGCAGACAAGCAGCUCUUCGCAUCCAUCAACUCAUUCGUCUACGAGUACAUGUCAAAAUACGACAACUCCCACGACUACCAACACAUUCUACGUGUCUUGUCCAAUACCAACCGAAUACUGCAGGCCGAGCUGAAAGCCAACCCCUCGGUCGCCUACGAUACCACGCCACUGUUUCUGGCUGCCCUUUUGCAUGAUGUGGGCGACCACAAGUAUGCGAAGCCAGGUGAAGACGCCGAGAACCAGAUUGCCAACACGCUGCUUCAGCAUAGCGCAUCCAGCGAGCUAGCCACAAAGGUCCAGGCCAUUGUCAAGAAUCUGUCGUAUUCUCACGAAGUCCGCGAUCCCGCCCGUGUGGCCUCGGCGAUGGCGCAGCACCCCGAGCUAGCCAUCGUGCAAGACGCUGAUCGCCUCGAUGCCAUUGGCGCGGUGGGAAUAGCACGUUGCUUCUCUUUUGGUGCAGCAAAGAUGCCAGAACAGCCCAUGGACAGGGCCAUCAGCCACUUUGAGGAAAAGCUGUACAAUCUUGCAGGAAUGAUGAAGACGGCUGCCGGCAAAGACAUGGCAAGCAGAAGACACAAGGUGCUUGAGGAAUUUGCCAAGGAGUGGAAAGGGGAGACUGAGUUGAGUUUGGAGCUGCAGUGACGGGAAGAGACGCAGGGAUAGCAGAUCUGUUACCUUGAGGGACCAAAGAUGGAAUUGGCUCGGAAGCCAUUCCGUGCCUCACAUCCAAUAGCUCGACUGCGGCAUCUUC